AUGGAACUGCCGGAAUGUGAGGACGCGGUGCUGACGGCGCUACAACAAAGGCGACCAAGACACAUUGUGGACUUAAUUAACAAGUUCCUCGUGGAGCAGUAUAAUGAUGACAAAAGUAGUGUGCGAGCCAUUGACUUUGUGUGUCUCGACUGUCGGGACAACGGUCCUGAAGGUAACGCACGGGCUUUCUUCUCGGCACCACCGCCCACUAUCGUCUUUUGUGCCAAUCGUCUUCACUCGACACAAGAGGUAGAAGAGACUAUGGUGCACGAGCUUAUCCAUGCGUACGAUGUACGUAUUUAUUGGACUAGUCACAGUAGUGGAGUCAUAUGA